AUGGUUCGCGUCACCGAGGAGCUGGCCUUGUCGCCAGAGCAUCUCACCCUCUACCACACCACCGACCCUCUAGUAGGACAUUUGCCCAUCUUGAUCUUUCAUGGAUCGUCAACGACUGCCAAUUAUACCUUCAAUAGCUCAAGAGUUCAGCUACACAUCUACAGUCCAGCCGGCUUCCAGUCCUUUCCUCGCUUGACGAUUUCGCCCAAUUCCUCUUCCUAUAAUGUCGUCAAUUAUCUCCCGCGCGAGUUCCAGGGCGACGAGACCACCCGCGCGCUGGCUUUUGGGCUUUUCAAGUAUUUCAGCGAGCUUCACGAAACGGUCAAAACCCAUCUCAAAAACCGGUAUCCUACAACCAGGGGCAGGCGGCCUGGCUCCGCCCCAACCCUUUUUGGAGAACAGCAUGCGGCCGAUAUUGCCAAGAGUAUGCUUCGGUCUGAACUGCCAGUCGAGACUAUUGAGAAGCUCGAGAUGGCUUUGCAGACACAACAUAUCAGCAAUGUCGACAUUGACUUGGUUCUGCCGCCGGGCUCCAUCAUUCCGCUCAAGCCCGAAGACUAUGAUAAUAUCUCCGAAGACGAAGACGAUAUCGCGGAUCCUACGUUGCGUCAGUAUGGACCUUACACCCCGCUUGUCAGGGGCUUUAGCGAACCAGUAUUUCUACCAACAUCGAGACUGCGCCGAGCGCCAUCGAAGCCUACUGCUCUCAACCGCCAAAAGUCUUUUACGAAAGACCAGAAAUUGGAGUUGCGCCGGAAGUUGGCCGAGUUGGUGGACACCGAGGAGCGCUAUGUUAUGAAAUUGAAUGAGUUGGUCAAGCACAUUGCGGAUGAAUACCGACAAAAGGCCAAGAGAAGGUCUGACAACAGUUUCAGCCCAUCCAUGGCGGACGUGGAGAAGCUGUUUCCAAAGUCAUCCGAGCACAUCCUCAAGGUCAAUAGUGCUUUCAUGCGGGAACUUCGCAAAGUUAUGGACGACACAGAGGAGGAGGCAAUGAGGGAUAUGGAGUCAACCUUACCAACAGGCAAGAGUGGCGCUUCAGGAAGCUCGGCAGGACGUUCCAAGGACCCCAGCGGUGCACUGGCUGUGGCUCGAAUAAUGCUCGAAUGGUUUCCCAAGUUCACUGACUGCUACCAAGACUACAUUCGAGCCAGCCAGGACUUUCCUCAGCUCAUCACGUCCUUCAUCAGCCAGCAGUCAAGCUUCUCACAGCGGGUUGCCGUCACUGGCGAGCAAUACUUGCGAUCGACAGUAAUUGAGCCUGUCCAAAGACUUCCUCGAUACAGCUUGGUCAUUGACCAAAUCGUUGCUUGCUUGCCCAUGACGCACCCUGCGCUUCAGCCCAUGCUAAAGUCCAGGGACAUCAUUGCCAAUAUUUGUUCCAUGGACGAUCCGCUCACGGAGAAGCCACAUGUGAGCACACGAUUGCGCAACAUGAUCCAGAAUUGGCCACAUGAGCUGGAACCCAAGGGUCGACUCAUUGUGGCGACCGAUUUCUCCGAGCUUGCUGCGCCUUUCGAAGUCGAUGCGCCAAUUGAUAUCAAUACUGAUGAACGAGCUGGGAUAUUCCUCCUCUUUUCUGAUUGCAUCAUCAUUGUCAAGAAGAUAUACGGUAGUAAUAUGAUGGCGCGCGAUCUGAUUCGCGAAAUUGACAAGCCUUCAGCAGCUGGGCUUUUGACUACAAUGACGAAUGCAGCUGGAGGGCCAGGAUCUUACGAAGUUGCCUUUGCAGGAUGGCAUGACCUGUCCGCAGUCCGCUUCACUGAGUCGUCUGAUGGACGCAUCAUCUGGAUGACCUCGUCCAAGGAGAUGCAGGGGGCAAUCAAGAGUUCCGAAGUGACAACACGGUGCUUUGUUCUUCACGAGGCCUACGAAGGUAAGGCUGGAAAAUGGACCGAAGAUGUCGUCAAAGCUCGUAUAGAGGCUCGAUUCGGCGAAGCAGAGCGAGAGGAUCCUCGCUGGACCCUCAGGUCGGUGCGUAUGCCUGAUUCGGGUCUCGGUGUCUACGCUGCCGUGUUCCAGGAAGGUCUCGAUCAGCUCGUUGAAGGCCGAAAAGAACCUGCACCAAUUCGGGUUGUCAUCGAUCAUGAAAAGGGCACUAAGGGCUCCCCGAUUGGCCACUAUGGUGUUGAAAUCGUCACAGACGUCAGGACCAGUGGUGGAAAGAAAGUACUUGUUAUUACUGCAGGUCUGUCUGGCAAGAAAGCUACAGACGAGAGUGCUUGGGAAGACUUCUUGCCCACUCUGACUCGGCGAAUCAUUCAACUCUUGAGCACACAAUUCGAUGCGUCCAAUCCCGCCUUGACCGCGGCCCUAGUGUCAUUUCAUACAAAAAUACUUCGAGGGCUCAAUAUGUCGAGAAACCUUGAGAAAUCUCGAUCGUUCUUGUCGACUUCUCCGGUCAAAAUGCUUACCAGUCUCUUGAGCGGCAGCAGCACUGCCUUAUCUGAAACAGGCGGGUCUAGCAGGAGUCCGAAGGCAUCAGCGCCAUCAUUAUUUCCGGCUCCGUCCAUAAGCAGAUCAAAUAGCUCACUCAAAGACUCGGCAUCUCUGUAUGGUUCUGCCAAAAGCAGAGAAGGAAUCAAGAUGGGAAUCGACGAGGAUCUACCAGAAAACCCACUGGUCCGCCUGGAACAGACUUUCACGGGAUAUAUGGCCAGCCUGCACGCACGAAAAGGGAACUUUAUUGGCAGACAAAUUAUCAAUCGAGGUGCCGUCGAUGAACUUGUGGUCAAUGACCUGUAUAACAAGCUCAUUGAAAACCCCUUUGACAUUGAUCCAGCCUCCGACAUUUCAGCUGAUGUCAUUUUCGUGGCCUUCGAAAAGUUUGUCAAGAUUGCUUGGCAAGAACAAAUGGGUCCCAUCAUGUCGAGGAAGAACUUGGACGCGCUCCAGGAACGUGCCUCAAAGAGGGUGCCUGGUGAAUUCGCAGAUUUUGUGCGUUUUCUCUUCGGAGAUGUGGCUCCUCAGAACCGGCGCGCAUUUACCGCCCUGAUCAAACUCUUGGCCGAUCUUCUCGAUGGAUGUGCCAAUGAUGGCGACAGGGGUGCAUUAACCUUGGGUUUUGCGGAACUUUUAAUUGACGACGGCACUGCACACAAUUACAUCAACCUUCUGGAUCGGCUUGUACAGGAUUGCGAUCGCAUAUUCGACCAACCCACCUUUGACUUGGAAGCUUCGCUUAGCCAGGCAGGCGCUCUAUACGACUCCUAUACAUCUGCUACCCGUGCCGGAAAAUCACACACUGGAUCGUUGACGUCGAACACAUCUUCUCUUAGAAGGAAGUUGGGCUUUGACAACCUCUUGCGUCAGAACAGCAAGAAUGAGGAUCGCCCAUCCGUCUGGCGAACACUUAGCAAGCACGGCAGAAAUAAUUCUGUCACGGAAAGCUCCAGCUUAUCCAAAGCUUCGAGAUCUGGAGAUAUGAGCCCUGGACCGAAUAAGUUGAGACGUCCCGGCUCGCGAGAUCGGCCCCCAAUUGCUGGGGCUUUUGACGAUACAUGCUCGAGGCCCAUCAGUUCACAUCGGUUAGAGACCAUUGGAGAACCUGCAGAGGAUGCUCCGCCCAGGACGCCCAGAAGGAAGCGUCGAAGUUCACUCUCUGACCUGAAGAGUCUUAUGGCUGCUACCACUCUACAAGAUGACGAUGAGCCUUUGCAACCAUUGUCUGCCAUGAAAGAAAAUUCCCAGAAGUUCAACCCGGGACCCAAACUUCCGACACCUACCAGGAUACCAAUGAGCCCGGCGAAUAAUGCCCGUCCAAAUCGUCAACAGGAGAACGUGCUUGGCAGCCCAUUUCAGACAGUACCAAGAUUGUCCUCACCAGAGUCUCCUUUCAGAGCUCAUAAUAAGGGCUUGUCGACAUCCAGCAUCCCGACUCUUCAGUCGUUGAAACCACUCAAAAGCUCGUCGCCAUCAGUGGAAUCCCCAUCACGACCCCCCACGCGGCCUCCCUUGAGCCCUUCCAAAAGCUCAAGCGGCAGACUGCGCUUGCAAUCUCCCCAGAAGCUCCGCGAGAGGCUGCAGUCCGAGAAACAGGCAGUAGAGGAUGUAGAUAUGACGCUACAAUCAGAGCUUUCGAGAAUUUCAGCAGACAUGGCCCGCUUCAACUCGUCACUACCUCGAUCCAGCACAGUGGAUCUUCGCAAACUGUCAUCGAGCGUUAGCGCUUUGGAAUCGCGCAUUCCUGUUCUCGUCCGUGAGAUAACGGAUAGACAAGAUGCGUUGCAGCGCGAUAUGGACAAUACAUUGAAAGCGACUGAGGCCAAGGUCAAGGAAAUUGACCAGCUAUACAAGGAGAGUACAGCCGAAAACGAGCUUCUCUACGAGAAAUUCAACACGGAGCUAGUCAAGAUUGUGCGUGCAUUGAAGGGCAGAACGGGAGAAAAGGAAGAGAUCAUGACAAAGAUGAAGGAAUCGUACGAAGAGACGGCCAGAGUCAAGAAGGAGAACGCUCGACUGAGGCGCGAGAUGGCAAGUCUGAGAGCAAUGGUGAAGGGAGCCACUACUGAAGCCGCCUAG